AUGGAGCCUGCUGCUGUGAUGCCUCCCGCUUCCAAGGGCUCUCUUGCCUCCUACUUCCCUCCCCCGCAGCUCCCCUCCCCCCCCCCUCCGCAGCAGCAGCAGCAGCAGCAGCAGCAGCAGCGGCGGCGCAGCGCAGCAAGCCUCUCCCCGAAGCAGCUGCUGCCCAAAAGCCCCUCCGACGGCGAAGCUGUUCGGCAGUUUUGCGCGUUUGGCCUUCGCAGUUUUCGGCAGCGAAGAAAUUCUUAUUUGAACAGCCGCAGCAAACAUUCUCACAAGCGCCACCAGCAGCAGCAGCAGCAGCAGCAGCAGCCGCUGCUGCAGGAGGAGCAGCAGGCGCUGGCGCACGGGCAGCCGCAGCAGCAGAGGCAGCUGCACCAACAUCCCUACGACGAGAGACAGCUCCCCCAGCUGCUGCAGCAGCAGCAGCAGCUCGCGCUGCAGCAGCAGCAGCAAGGGCCCGCUGCUGCUCUCGAGACAGCAGCAGCAAUCUUCAGCAGCAAAGAAGGCAAGGGGGCCCCCCUAUCCCACCACUCGGGAGACAGCUGCUGCAGCCCCGCAGUCUCGACAGCAGCAACGGCAGUGGCUGCUGCAUCAGGGCAAGCAGCAGCAGCAGCGGGAGAAGCAGCAGCAGCGACGGAGGCAGACACCGAAACAGACACAGCAGCAGCCGAAGAAACGGAGACAACUGCAGCAGUAGACACAGCAGCAGCAGCAGCAGCAAGCAGCGAAGAGGGCUCUCCACUGGCUAGGCAGCACCAACUCGCUUGGCAGCAGCAGCAGCAGCAACAGCAGCAGCAGCAGCAGCAAGGGAAGGAAUGUGUACAGGCCAUAGAGCAAGGCCAGUCUCAUAAGCCCAUCCCACAAGACGAGCAGCAGCAGCAGCAGCAGCAGCCUUGGAAGCGGCUUGUAAAUGGAGCAGUAGGGAAGACGCACCAGCUGCUGCUGCUGCUGCAGCAGCUGCUGCUGCAGCACCGCGCCUUGCUGCCAGUUGUCCCAUCUUUGCUGCUAGCAGCAGUGCCAGUUGCAGGGACCCUUUGCGUGCUCGUGGCAAGCCUGUUUCCACUUUGCGGGCUGCUGCCUGUGGGAUUUGGGGUUUAUAUGCUGUGGGGUAAUCUGGUUGAGUUGCUGCAGGGCGGCAGCGGAUGGCAGCGGGCUGCAGCAGCAGCAACUGUUUUGCUGCUGCCGCUGCUGCUGCUGCCUGCUGCUGGCUUUGUUGCUGCUGGGGGUUUGCUGCUGCUGCUGCUGCUCCCGCUGCUGUUCAUCUUGAUUCCUUUGGGCCUCAUCUGCAGCGUGCCACUUGCCGCGGUGUCUACUGGCCUUCUGUUGGUCCUUAACGUCGUCUCGCAGCCCUCCAGAGCUCUAAACCCUAAACCCUAA